AUGUCCCAGCCAAUCAACCACCCACUUCAGAGAAGAAAUGCCUUCCGCAGGGUUCCCGACAUACCUAGGAAACACCUUUCCUCCGGUUUCGCCUACCUGCCCGAGUCGUUGCAAGUCAACCGCUUGAACCACCCCGUGCCACAAGGCACUACAACCUCCACCACGCCCUCAAAUAUCAGCACAUCCUCUCAAGUCAAGUCUCCCGGCCCAUGUGCCCCCUCCGACCCCUCCAAUUCCUCCACAGAGGUACUCAUCUCCAGCGACGCUUCGGGUUCUAACGAUUCCCGCCACAUUUCCACCACACCCAGGAGAUAUUCAUGGGUCACCGACAACUACGUCUCCGACCUCGACUCCGACGAGGAAGACGAUCCAAUCAUGGCCCCACGCCGCUCCGUCUCCCCUGACGUCUCCCCUUCUGUCAGCGACAUCGACCAGAACCUCAACGUCCCCCCCGACUGUACAUCAGAGCACACAACAUGUGACAUGGACUACUACAGCCCCUGCUGGCACUGCUCCGACUCUCACUACGGCAAGUGUGAGGCUCAAAAGGCGUAUGAGGAGCUGGCGCGGAGGUAUUGGCAGGGCAAUGACAACGAUGAACAGCUGAGGCAGACUGAUACCCGGGAUUUUGCCGCUGAGGCCAAUGCCAACGGAAGGGCAGGUCGAGAUGCUGCUGCUUUGCGUGCUGACGUGCGGAUUAGCAGGUUCAAAGAAGGGAAAGAGAGUGUGGUGGGUCCUGCUAAACCAUUGGAGUCGUGGAAGAUGUGGAGGAGGAAGAAGAAGACACGUGAGUGGAAAGGUAAAGAGAAGGUGGAGGGGACGGGGAGAGACUUCCUGGAAGGGAGAAUAAACAUGAACGGUGAACUUGUUGGAAAUGCUCGGGGUUCAGGUGUCGCUGAAAGGAAGCCGAAGACGAAAAACAAGAAGGGGACACGGAGGUUCGUGGAGAGGUUCUUUGGAGAGUUGGUGAUUAUUGCUGCAUCAUGUGGUUGUUGCUGUAUUGGCAGGUACUGGUAA